AUGAACUCCCACCUUAAUAACACGGGUGACAACCAAGAACUGAAACACCCUCCACAUUUCAAAAACGUAUUCUCAAGUAAGGAUUCCAGCCCGGUUGGUGCUCCUGAACAAGAUACGGACGCAAUGGAAGUGGUCGAGAACAGAAGGCCGUCGGUCGUGGUGCCCACUAAUCUGGACGCCUCCAUGCUGAACACGCCUUCGACGACCGCACAACCGCAUAAUGAAUCCAACGUUACCUUUACAUCUCAGAUGCCUUCAACAUCCGAGAUAAGUUCCUCGUCGACUGAGAACCUUCUUUCGCCGCCGUCGUCCAUAGACAUUCCCCAUCGGUCAAGAUCAUCCUCCAAGACUUCAAAGAGACUUAGAAGAAAAAGAACCAAGUUUUAUAAAGGAGCAGCUUCCCAACGAUCCACGUCACCUGCUUUGCUCACAAAUAAUUUGCCCAUAUCGAAAAGGUUCAGAUCGCGGUCUCUUCCGAAUAUUUGGAUCCCCUCACACAAGCAAACCAAGCUGCUCAUUGAUGAUUUACAGCAAAGGCAACCUUCUGAAAAGGUUCCUGUGCCUCCGGUCAAUCUCCAAUCGAUGCACGAGAUCGAUCUUCACGAGAUUUUGAAAAAUCCGCAACUGCGGCAUGAUAUCUUAUUCGAGCCCCAAUUACAGUUUAGACCUAACCUUGACGGCGAACGUGGCAAACGGAAACGGAUGCAAGGCGACAGAUAUUGGUCAGCCGUCAAAGCCGAAAUUCGUUAUUUGAUGAGCUCAGAAAAACUUAUCGCUGAUAACUCGAUCAUCGUUGUUAUGUUCCAGACGCUGAAGGAUAUUUUGUUGAGUUUGUUGCCUUCGAAAGAUAAGGCCAACGUUGAAGAGAUUAUGGAUAUAUCUCUCUUGGUUCAAGAGCUGAACUCCAAAUGUUUCAACUUCAUCAAGUUUUCCAACUGGAUCUCCGCUAUUUUCAAAAUGCACUGUGCACCAAUGAGAGACUCUUGGGUGGACGAAAUGAACUGCAUAUUCGAAAAGGCUUGCUCCACUUCCCCAAUCAACGUAGACCAAAUUGUCGAGGGGCUUCAUGUUCUUUUCUCUAUCCUGGAGGCUAUGAAACUUGAUGUUGCCAAUCAUCAGAUUCGCAUUCUUAGACCGCUACUUUGCUCGACUGCAGUGGCUUUCGAAAAAGAAUAUUUCCAAACCAUCAUUAGAAAGAACAAGAUCAACCUAAACGGAAGUUUGGACUGGUACAGAAAGUCCAAACAACGUUGCAAUGGCGCAGAAAGCAUUCAGCAAGUUCUCAGUUACGGAAUUUUGAACUUGCUCUCGUGCUCUCACAUGUGCUCAGAAUUCCCUGACACACUUACCUUUGACCACUCGAGAUUGGUGAUUUUGAGAGCCGAUAUUCGUCAACUAAUUUGCAUCAAGAUUUGCCUAAUUCUCUACCAAAAUCUUGUGAGCUCCUACAGGUUGUCCACCGCCGAAUAUUGUUCUGCAGACAAGUUGCAGCAGUUGAAGAAGGAAAUCUUAAGCAUUAUUGUUGACGAGAACGGAAAUUCCAAAUGGACCAGAAAUCUCAACAACCUUGCUGUGCAUUUGGUCAGUAAGGUCAGCCAGGAUACGAGCCCUUCCAAAGUGAAGUUUUGUUUCAAUUGGCUUCUCAACCAGACUCAACCAAUCUCACAAAUAUAUUCCAUGCUAGAACAAAAACUGUUAGAUAAUGUCUGGAGAAGCCUCAACACUGGUGAUAAGAGCGGGCUCGAACAAGAAGUUAUUAUCCGCGAAGAGUUGAACGGAGUGGCCGAAAGACUAAACCGCAUCGUUGAGUUCCAUGUUAGCGUUUUCGGGGACAUCUACAAUUAA